AUGGCCAGCACCGCGCAGGUGUGGCCCGCCGCGACGUCCUCCAUGUCCGACGACUCCAAGAAGCGUCAUUGGCCGUGGCCGAUGCCCAAGGACGUAGCGGAGGACGAGCUGCCGCUGCGGCUGCAGGGCGCCAAGUGGGCGGACGUGGAGCGCUGCCACGACGCCGACCCGGACGCCCAGAUCCUCAAGUACGUGGAGGAGCGGCCGGACGGGCUGGCGAUCGUGGAGUCCCCCCUGGGGCGCCACGAGCGCGUGGUGUUCUUUCUGGCCACUGAGCUGACCAAGUGGGCGGUGCACCACCCCGUGGGGUCGGACAUGGGCCUGGUGCCCAUGUACAACAUGUACAACAUGCCCAGCCCAUGGCCGCGGAGGGUGCAGGGGCGGGCGCAGGAGGCCGACGGUGCCUGGACGACCAUGCGCGCGCUGUCGGCCAGUAGGGACCCCCGAAGCGCGGAGCUGUGCCUGGUGCUCGAGACGGCGGUGAGCCAGAGCCUGGAGGGCGCCGUGAGUAAGGUGCGCGAUGUCUGGUUCGCGUCCGGAUCCGCGGGGCCCAACCUGGCGCUGGUGAUCAAGAUCACCGUGAGGCGGGACAGCGGGAAGCACGGGUUCCGGGCGGUGCUGCUGGCCAAGGACCAGGACAGGCCCAUGCAGGACGUGGAGUUCGGGUGGGGCACGGGGUGCGACAAACCUGGCCUUGCCAAGUUCUUGAUCACGCUGCCGCUGCAGCAGCUGUACGGGAGGUACGCGAGCGAACUGCCGGCCGGCUUGUCGCCCCCGCGACUGGACCUGCUGAAGAUCAAGCGGCCGAUGCUGGGCGUGCUGGAAGGGGAGGGCGUCCAGGUGAAGGAGAAGUUCGAGACGGCGCCAAUCGCCAACAUGGCACCCUCGGGCAGCUACUAG